GAAGCCAGAAAAGACCUUCAGGACUUUCAGCUGCUGUGUGCAGGCAAGAAAUCCAAGAUGUCCACUGUUGGAAAGGUAAUCCACUGCAAAGCGGCAGUUGCCCUGGAGGCUAAAAAACCACUUGUUAUACAGCAAAUUGAAGUUGCUCCACCAAAGGCUAAAGAAAUCCGUAUCAAGAUUUACCACAGUGGCAUUUGCCACACAGAUGACCAUGCUCUAGGGGGUUUUAUGGCUGGUAUUAAAUUUCCAAUUAUUUUGGGACACGAGGGAGCUGGAGUUGUUGAGAGUGUUGGAGAAGGGGUGACAAGUGUGGAACCAGGAGAUCAUGUCAUCGCAAUAUGCAGUCCAAUGUGCAUGAAGUGUCCAAGCUGCUUGCAUCCCGACAGCAACUUCUGCGUGCAAAAUGACGUGGGCAAGAAUGUUGGAAUGAUGCUGGACAAAACCAGCAGAUUUUCCAUCAACGGCAAGAUGAUUCACAACUUUAUGUCCACAAGCACAUUCUGCGAAUACACAGUUCUGGAUGAAUUUGCUUGUGUUAAGAUUGACUGCAAGGCUCCCUUGUAUGAAGUGUGCCUGAUUGGCUGUGGGUUUUCCACUGGUUAUGGAUCAGUACUCAACACUGCUAAAGUACAGCAAGGUAGCUCUUGUGCAGUGUUUGGUUUGGGUGGAAUAGGGAUGUCUGCUGUUAUGGGCUGCAAAGUUGCUGGAGCAUCACGAAUCAUUGGAGUAGACAUCAAUAAAGGAAAAUUUGAAAUUGCCAAGAAGUUGGGAUGCACUGAAUGCCUGGACCCAAACGAUUAUGAUAAACCAAUCCAUGAGGUUAUUGCAGAAAUGACUAAUGGGGGAGUUGAUUACUCAUUUGAAUGCGUUGGAAAAGUUGAAUUGAUGGCAUCUGUUAUUCAAGCCUGUCAUUUUUCAUUCGGUUGUGCAACCAUUAUUGGUGUCCCUCCAUCAACCGCUCGACUUUCUCUUGAUCUUAUGUGGCUACUCACUGGACGUACAGUGAAGGGAGCUUUCCUUGGAGACUGGAAGGCAAAGGAGGCUUUCCCUCGCUUAGUGCAAGAUGCUAUGAAGAAAAAAUUUCCCCUUAAAGCUUUGGUGACGCAUAGGGUGAAGUUUGAUAAAAUUAUGGAUGGCUUUGAACUCAUGCGCCAGGGAAAAUGUGUCCGUGCAGUCCUGGAUAUGUGAAGCAGAAUGCUGGGAUUCAUAUCAUGUAUCUCCUCAACAAAAUGCCUGCAGACAUACAUGAAAAAUAAAAUCUAAUGAAAAAUAUGAAAAAUAGUCUGUUGUUUACUGCUGUUCUGAUUUGCAAAGAUUUUGUUUAUUAAGAAAUAUUCCAAUAAAUAUUUUCAAUAAAUUUUACAGGAUGG